AUGGAGAAUUUUGAAUUCGUCUUUUUGUUAUUCUUAAUGAAAAGAGUAUUGGGAAUCACAAAUGAACCGUCACAAGCAUUACAAAGAAAAGAUCGGGAUCUUUUUAAUGCCAUACAAUUUAUACAAAUUUCGAAGCGUCAAUUGCAUAAAAUGAGAAAUGAAGACACUGGCUUUGACAUAUUGUUAAAAGAAGCUUCUGAUAUGUGCAAAGAUAAUGACAUACCAAUCUUGGAGAAUAUGGAAGAAAACUUUGGGAGGACAAAAUGGGGGAUUGCGCCAAUUACGAAUAAACAUCAUUUUAAGACGGAAUUGAUGUAUACAGUUUUGGAUAACAUUCAAGAAGAACUCAAUAAUCGUUUUAAUGAAGUAAAUAUGAGGUUGCUUCAAUGUAUGUCAUCUCUUGAUCCAAGUAACUCUUUUGUUGCAUUUAACAAAGAUAGAUUACUUGAAUUUGCAAAGUUCUAUCCUGCCGAUUUUCCUCAACACGAUAUUUGGUUGCUCGAUGAUCAACUUGAAAACUAUUAUGAGGAUGUUAGCACCAAUGCCAAUUUCACUCAUGUCGAAGGGAUUGCCGACCUUGCUAAAGAAAUGGUUGAGUUUGAGAAGGAUAUUGCUUACAACAAAGUUUUCUUGUUUAUUAAAUUAGCAUUGGUUUUGCCUGUGGCUACUGCAACAGUUGAAAGGGUGCUCUCUGCAAUGAAUUUUGUGAAAAAUAGUUUGUGUAAUCGAAUGGGAGACGACUGGAUGAGCAAUUGCUUGGUAGUUUACAUUGAAAAUGAAGUUUUUGCUACAAUUGAAAAUGAAGAUAUCAUUGAACACUUUCAGAAUAUAUCGAAGCGAAAAAUCAUGUUAAAUUGA